AUGGAUAAUGUAGAGAAAAUUGAAAACGACGUGGAAGAGAUGGAAACAGGAGAAAUUGAGGCUAUUGUCAUUCCCGUAGAAGAACCUCAAGAAAUUGAAGUUACGGCAGAGAUUCACGCAAUACCUUCCGUAAAUAAGGAAGAUGGAAAUAGUGUCAUAGAUGCUGCCUCCAAAGUACAGGAGAAAUCAAGAGCUAUGAAUAAAAGGAGAAGUUCCUUUCCACCCCUAUGGAAGACAGCUAUGAAAAUACAUCUGGAGGUAGUGGAGGAGCAAAAAAAGCAGACUGAAGCUUUAGAGAAGGCCAUCCUGGCGAUCGAAGCGGCGAGGAAUACGGAGGCUAUUCGAAUAAAAGUAUUCAACGAAGAUACUUAUAAAGAUACCUUUAGGCAGGUGAAGAAGUCAGUCGACCCCUCUGAAACCGGGACAGAAAUUCUGUCAAUCAGAAGAUCAAGAAAGCAGGAGAUGCUCGUUAUUCUUCGACGGAAUCAGGGUGUUUCUAGUUUUAGUAGUAAACUGGCUGAAGCCCUUAAAGAUAAGGCAGAUGUCUGCCCUAUUGUGACUAAAAGGUCUCUAGAGAUUAGAGACCUAGACGAAACAACGGAGGUCGAUGAAGUCACAGAGGCGGUGAGCCAAACUUUGGGCAGGACCGACUUAGAAAUGUCAUGUCGACUUAUCCCGUUAAGCCGAGGAGAAAAAAUUGCAGUUGUGCAACUUCCGGAAGCAGACGCGGAUUCUCUGCUAAAGACGGCUAAGGUAAAGAUCGGUUGGAUAAAUUGUAGAAUCCGACCAAGGGUAGAGGUGGACAGAUGCUUUAGGUGUCUUUGUUAUGGACAUCUGUCGAAAGCCUGUCAGAAGCCGGACCGGAGUAAGGUUUGCUGGAAAUGUGGCUCUCCUGAUCAUUCCCACAAGGAUUGUAAAAACAAACCUGUUUGUUUAACUUGUGUGGACAAAGGGGAGAAGGAGAUCAACCACAAUCCAGGAACUGGGUCUUGCCCAAUUUAUAAGGAGGAACUCAGAAAGCUAAGGGCAAGGAAUUAA